AGAAAGUAUUGUAUCUCGUAAUCGAGGUGCAGGCAGAAAUCAAGCUACACCACGAUGUAUCAUAAAAUUUCAUAGUUCAUACGUGACACGUUUGUUUUGGAAUAAAACGUCGAACAGCUGAUAGAUCAGCUGCGAUCGCGAAUCAAAAUUAGCACGAAACACGGGCCUGCCCUCUCGGAAGUUUUUUUUCCCUUCGUGUUUACAAUUUUUCAUAUAUCCCUUGCUGCUGCGGGCAUCAAAUGGAUUCUCGAGCUCCUGCGCAGUUUCGACGAGCAGCGACGACACGAUUAAACGUUUUCACGUAACUGUUUAUUUUUUUCGUUUCUAUACAAAGAUUCGUAACGCAUAGUAUCCUCUCGUGAUAUUUUGGCAAAGAAGUUGAAGACUGAAGCGAAUAAUAAUAAAAAGAAAACAAACAAAUCGGCCUCCAAGCUCAACCUUUAUUCAGUGCUGGUUUACGCGUCUGUUUAUUAAUAGAUUUCAUAAACAUAUUUGUGUCGCGCGUGUUAAUAAUGGCAGAAGAAGCAAAUUUCAUGACGCAUGAUGAUUUUGCUGGUAAAAAGCCAACGGUUAACCUCCGUUUCCCGGUUAUUUGGACAAAUACUGGACCCGAGAACGACAACGUUCGAGAAACUGGUACGUCCGUCAUUUCGACGCCAAACGUACGCGACUGGGAAUCUUUCAAACGCGAACUGUUCGCGCCAUUCGAACAUUCCAUCGACGAUGUGGUGACUUACAUCGAUAGCGACGACGACCAAAUCCCCAUCGAGUCUCAGUGCGAAUUCGACGAAGCCCUGAAAAUCGCAACGGCUCGAGCAACCCAAAAACCACGACCGGUUUGCCUCUAUUUGGUCGUCGAGCGAGGUUCUCAAUCCGAAACGAACAACAAGAAGAAAAAUAUCUACACGCAAAAUUCGUCUCCAUUGACAAUGCCUCCCAUCAACCUGAACGAUGGCGGACACGAGUUUCCGCCAAUUCAACGCCAAUUCAUCGAUACUCGUUACAACGUCAAGGAACCUGAACGCUCCGACGAUGCAGUGCCGAAAUGGUUCACCAGCUACAUACAAAAGAUGAAGGAGGAAAUCGUGACCGAAGUGUCAGCGAGGGUGACGAAAGCAGUGAUGGAAGCGUUGCAAAAGCAGCGUGAGAAUCGCUUCGAUUCAGGAGUUUCGAAUUCUCGUGAGUCCGAUUCAGAAGACUCGAUGAUCGGGGAAUCCGACGGGCGCAAGGGAAACAUCCGUGAGCUCGAUUUGUUGGACGACGUAAAAACUGGAGACUCGUCAUCGCGUUCGAGCCAUCAUCGUUACCAGCAUUCACGUCGUCGAAAUCGCAACCGUAAUUUGGAUAAACAUCACACGAAAUUUGAAGAUUUUGACAAGAGGAUCGAAGAAUUGAACAAGAAGUUGAGCAAGAGUCACAGCGUGUCACAGGCACCGAAUAAUUUGCAGACUUCGUCACCGCGUUGCCACCAAUCUUCCUCAGCAAAUGGUCGUGGUAACGACGAGAAACCAGUAAAAAUGUGCGACAACGAAGAUCUUUUCGGCGCACAAUCGACUUCCGGUUACUCCGAGCACCAAAACACGUCCUCGAAGGUUUCAAGAGACCCUGAGAAUCUCAGCGAAGGGCUUGACACUCCGUACCGAAGAAUGAUCGCUUCAGGAAUAAGACAAAUGUCUUUCACCCCUGUGGACUCGACGGACCUGCCAAAAGCUCCGAUCCUCAAAUUACGUUUGGCUGAUUCUCGUCCCGACGAGGACGUGAAACCGACUCAAACGGAAGAAAAAUUGCGAAUGUACUCCUCGCUCACUGUCGACGAAAUAUUCGAACGAUCGAACGACAGAAUGGCGAAUGAAAGAGAAGAAAAACCGCGAAUGUGCUCCUCGAUCACAGGAAACGAAAUGUUCGAACGAUCCGACGACAGAGUUCUGGAUUAUUGUACACUCUCGGACAGCGACAACAUAAGCAUUAUUUCGGACGUUAGUCACAACUCCGAUAUCCAAAGGAUAAGCAAUAGCUUCGAAAUCAUAGUCGAGCAAUCGAUGAAUAUCCGGGACGAAAGUGACGAAGAAAGAGACCUCGUGAUUGCGAUGGAUCACGUGGACGACAACGGCGAGAAAGAAGCCAUCGAUGAUCCUGACGUUCGUCGCGACUCUUCCAGCUUCGAGCUCUUGUCCGAGCCGGCUUCGCCUUCGCUCUCGAUUCACAUAGACGAGGAUCAUUUUUCACCUGGCGAAAAAGACACGAAAAAUGAUAACAUCAACGAGCCAACGGUUCCGGAAAAAAUUCAGAACAAAUUGAAACCGAGCACGCUCGUCAUCGAUGCCCAAGGGCAAAUCCACGAUCGCAGUAGUAGCGUCGAGAUUGGUGACGAGGAUUCCGAAAGAUCGAUUUUCCCUAAACGUACGGAUGGCUCUUAUUCUUUCGUGGCAGAGACUUUACCAGGCUCGACGAAAGAGAGCAUCAUGGGGCCCGGUCGACCGGACCUUUUGAGCGACGGAGCACCGGUCGCCGACGAGUCCACCAGCGAGAAAGACUCGGAGAAACUGAAGGAAAGUUUGGGAGGAAGCAAUAUCGACGAAACAACUUUUGAAGAAAAUUCGAACGAUGCUGCACACGAAAGUUUCUCACGAACGCAAAGUUUCCAUUCGCACACUGCAAAUCUCUCGGGGAACGAGCGUUGGGAUUUUGAGGCACGUUCCUCGACGACCGGUCCUGAGGAAGAGAUUUCAAGCACAACGCGUUCUCACAUUUUCGUUGAUCACAACGUUAACAAAGGACUCGGCGAUACGAAACAAUCCUCACCGAAGAAAAAGGAGUUCAGAAGCAAAUCUCACGAAAACUCCAAGUGGGGAAAGUGUAAACCAUCAAGAAGACAAUCCAGCGAUUCCAAUUCUUCCAGAAGGAGUGCAAAUUCUUGUCAAAAUGAAAGGCCACGAAGAUUCGAAAACUGGUCAACGACUCGAAGCAGGAGAAUUCCUGACUUUGAUUUUCCCCCUGGAAGUGUACCGACGAUGCACAUUUUACCGGAGUCUCUGCUCUUUGGGGCAGUUCACGUUGCAGCCAGUGCUUACAGCACCGCUCGUCGUGUAUGCGACAAAAUUCUCACAGCUCAAACGAAGAAGGCCGCUGACAGAUCAAAGUUUGGACGACGAUAAGUCAUUCAUGUCUGCUAAAAAAACACCGUCUUCUUUCUAUUCUUACUCUUCUCUCGACUAUACCGUAUUCGCACUUGAUACUAGAAAACGAGAGCAAACGCCUACUGGCGCCAUUAUUUUUGGCAAAAUUGCUGAAAAUUUGAUCGUCGAUUAGCGAACGAGGAAAAAAACAAAUGGAGUCCAACGAUAUUUACUUACUCUCUCAUAUUUCGAUUGAUUCGAUUUAUUACGAUGAUGAGAUAACGCCAAUGCGUCGCAUUGUUAGUGCGAUAACAGCACACAAACGAAACAUGCUUCAUAGAUUAACGUAAAUUUUAUUUUAAAUUAUGAAGUAGUGAAUCUUUGAAUUUCUUGACGAUUAGAUCGGAAGUAAGAAAUGAAUUUAAAAAAAAAAAAAGAAAAACUGAGAUGUUCCCAAAAUUGUAUUGUGUCCUUACGAUUGAAUAAUCAACGUGGUAUUGUGUACUAGUAGUAGAUGCUUCAUAAUCUACUAUUCAGAUGAUAUAACACAAAUGAAAUUAAAAGAAAUUACAUGUUAUAAGAAAAUUCGUAGAAAACUGAUACAAUAAAAGUGAACAAAAAAUAACAAAAAA